UUCGUUCCUCCAAUGCUAAUUACCCAAAUAACAAGACAGGACACACAAAUUGACAAUUUUUCUCGCAAACAAAAACCCUAAUCUUUUCGUCCAUAGUUUUCCUCUUUCAACUUCCUUCCUCUCAUCGCCCUAUCUCUCCGCCUUCUGUCUCGAGUGUGGGCUGAAACGAGCGAUUGCAUCUACAGACAAACAAUCUUCUUUCCGGCUUUCUGAAACCUUUUUGGCUGAUUUUAAGACUGGCACUGAUAAUUUAAUAUAUGCGUAGGUGUUAGGGGGAGGGGGGGGGGGUUUCUUGUGUUUGUCAUUGAACCGGCUUAUAGGUGCGAAUUAGGUUGCGAUGCAAGUCUAGAAUGUUUUUGGAAGAUUAAAUUUCGGAUGCAAGUGUAGAAGGUUUUUUGAAAGAUUGAGAAGCCGAGGGAUUUGGGGAAGAAAGUGUGUUUCUUUCUUCUUCUUUUUUUUCUAUCUGAUGAGGCAUAAUGGACAAAGGUGAACCCUCUUUAGUUCCGGAAUGGUUGAGAAGUUCAGCACAUGCUUCUGGUGGUGGGAGUUCAUAUUCUUCUCACUCAGAUUCUGCAUCUUUACCACAUAAUAACUGGAAUAGAAACACUAGGAGCAAAAGUGAUGUUGAUUCUAUUCAUUCUCCUUUUCUGGAUCGAUCUUCUUUUGCUAAUUCGAGGAGGGGAGCUAGUAAUGGGACUGCAAAGCAUCCGUAUAGUAGUUUCAACUUCAAUAGGAGCCAAAGGGAUAAGGACCAAAGCAGAGACAAGGAUAGGGUAAGCUAUGUGGAUCCGUGGGACCUUGACACUUUUAUCCCCCUCAGAAAUAUCUUAGCUGGUAAGGAUCAGGACCAAUUGCGACGAUCACAUUCCAUGGUGACAAGGAAACAGGCCGGCCGAGGGCUUUCAGUGGGCUUGAAAAAUGGUGGCAGCAGUAGUAGUAGUUUCAAUGGAAAUGGACUUAGCUUUCAGAGGACUGGGUUUGAUAAGGAUUUUCCUUCGCUUGGAUCUCAAUGUGGGAAAGACCUUGUUCGAGUCUCAUCUUCUGGCCUAAGUUCAGCUGUUCAGAGCUUGCCAGUUGGUAACUCAGCUCUGCUUGGCGGGAAAGGUUGGACCUCAGCUCUGGCAGAGGUUCCCAAUGUCAUCGAGAAGGCUUGUGCUGGACCAUUAACUUCUCCGAAAGCUAAUGUUGUUAGCACGGUAAUGUCAACUGGUCUUAACAUGGCUGAAGCAUUGGUGCAGGCUCCUACAAGAACUCUUACCCCUCAACUAGGAUCUGUGAAGCCACGAAGACACGAGGACUUGGCAAUCAAGCAAUCAAGGCAGUUGAUACCGGUUGUGCCUUCAACACCAAAGUGCUCGAUUCUUAACUCUUCCGAUAAAUCCAAGACAAAGCCAGUUGUUCGGGCUGGUGAAACUUGUCUUGGUCCAUCAAGAAACGCCCAACAGCAGCCCUCUGUCAUAAUCGGGAGUUUCCAGUCUAAUCCUAGUGGUCAAAUCAAACCAGAGAAGAAGCUGUUGGUUCUCAAACCUGCUAAGGAGAAUGGUGUCGCUGCUGUAAAAGAAUCUGGUAGUCCUAGUGGUAAUGCAAACAGUAGACCUUCGUCUAACCAGUUAAUGAACACCGCUCAUUGUUUACAAUCUGCUCCUGUGAGAAGUACAAACAGCCCAAGGGAGCACACGGGAACUACUUCCUUCACCAUGACGUCUGGACAAACCAUUGAAAAGAAAUCUUCCUUGGCUCAAACUCAGAGCAGGAACGCAUUUUUCAGUGCUUUGAAGCAGAAAACUACAUCAACAGACAUCCCAACCAAUCCUGUUAACUCUACAACCACUUGCUUCUCUUCUUUGCCUGAGAAAAAGGUCAACAGAUCAAAGGAGCUUGUAGCUAGUGACCCGUCAAGUCCACAGGUUACAAGUGGUCUCGAAGUGACUCAAAGGAAUAAUAUUGGCUUUGAGGCAGCAGACAUUCCAGAUGAGGAAGAAGCCAAGUUUCUUAGAUCGCUUGGCUGGGAUGAAAACAAUGGUGAAGAGGAAGCUCUUACAGAGGAGGAGAUCAAAGCUUUUCGUGAGCAGUACAAGACGCUGAAACCAGUCACUUCCGCAUAAACUGUCCAUCAUACAAGAGGCAAGAGAGGAUGUAGCUUAAUAGUCCUGAAAUGAACCUUACAAACUGAAGAAAUUACUGGCUAAUUUACCCUAUGGAUGAUAGUUUCUAAUUUCUUUUCCCUUUUUCGUUUAAUUUUUUUUUUUUUUUUUUUGAGAAAAGCUGGCUACUACUUUUGGCAAAUGGAAGAAGAGAAAAUGAGGGUUUUUGUGGGUUUCGUUUGACGGUUUGCAAAUAUUGCAAAUAAGCUUAGCAUGAGCCUUGAAUGCAAUAUGAGUGUCCUGAACUCUUCUGGCUUUGUAGAUCUUUGGUCUAAAAAUGGAACAGCUUUCAA